AUGUUUGCCUCACUCUCUCUCCUGCAAGUGGGGUGGCUCAUAAUUGGUUCCAAGGCUCUGGCCAGGCCGCUCCUGGAAGGUUUACCAGACCAUGAUGCCACCAUCCCCCUUAACCUCGACUCAAACAGUCAGGCCCGAGGCUCUGAAGGGAACAGUUUUUCGCUUGGUCCAGACGCACCUCCGAGUCCCAACUUUCAAGAGAAACUGUCGAAUCGAAAGCGACUGUUGGGCCAGGAUCAGCAACACGCGGGCCAAACAUCGCCACACCUCUCGACUAUGGAACGCGAUAAGGGAUCUGAUGGCAAACAGAAUAAUAUUCUUCAAGAAGAAAAACUGGGAUCGAAUGCAGGAAAACGAAAAAAAAAUCAAGAAGGCACCAUGGAUCAUUUGAAUCCUACCGUUCGUCUAGGAGGCUCAUCGCCAACUGAACUUGAGCAGUGGUUCUUGACCGCGUGGCAAAGUAAGCAUGCCGCAUCCUUCACUGUGCCCAUGGAUCCUACCCUCCAAAUGUCCGCUGUAUUUAUCCAAGCCUCUUGGGCGCGGGUUCCAGGUUUAGGAGGGCUCGAUAGCCAGGCGGAAGCCUAUCAACAGCCUUCAAUCAAACCACUAACUUUCGACCAGUCAUCACACUCUUUCUCACCUGCUCGGACCAACACCCCAUACUUCCCAGGCGUCAAGGAGGGGCAUCACUCAACUUUGCCAUCAGGAUCAGAAUCUCAUCUUCCUUCUCCGUCCAAUUUUCAGUUGGGCUCAAGCAGCGGGGAUUCGGCUGCGUCUUCGGCCUCGUGGCCAUCUGACUCUGAAGACUAUCAUGUCCCACAAGGCUCUCAAGCCUUAGAACAACGGCUGGCAAGACCUGUUAAGGUACUGGGAUCUUCUGUGAACCACAACAGUGCUCCGAUGGAUGAUUUUACUUGGCCAUCUUUCCUGCCGAGCCGCGCCCACGGGCACCAUGUUGAUCAGGCCCAUUUAAUGCCUCAGCUACUGGAUCUCAAUGUGGAGUACCACGAGGAGAGGCAUUCUCCGAUUAUUGAACUCGAUUCAGAAGCUCCAACCCCGAGAGACGCCGAAAGCGAAGAUUUUCAUGAGUACGGCUCAAAUAACGACAAUUUGAGAUUGUCUGUUGAUUAUGAAAACGUCACCGAGGAAAUACAGAACAAUGGACAUCAUCCUAGAUCCAAAUCCGUGGCACCUGUUCUUCGACCUGCUGAACACACCGAGGAAGCUCACCCCCAAAUGCUGCAUUUAACCUCCGAAUCUUCAAAUCCCAGCCGCAGCGAGAAGGUUUUUGAGCACGUCCCCGAUCCACAUGUCCUAGUGGUUGAUAAUAUUCGCCAUAGCGAAAACGAGAUGAACGCCGCAACCGGCCAGGCUGAACGGCCAGUCACACAAGCCAAGCAAAAUGAAAACUACACAAUGGAACAUUCGGGUUUUUCAAUGGGUUUUCUCAAAGAGCUCAAAGAGCAACUCGAACUCACGUCUUAUCCUAAGAACAGCAUGAGCCCCCCAUUCUUGCAACAGUUCACAGAAAAAUUUGGUACUGAGAUCCGAAAACAAUUUGACGACCACAAGGUCACAAUUUACGAUCGCGUUCAAGUCAACGGUUUUCCGGCUGUUAUCUUUUCACCUUUCCAUAAGAACUCAUCUCGACCCUCGAUUAUUCGGGUCAUCAACCAGACUUUUCGAAGUGGAUCAAGAACCAAAGUGCCACGUGGAUUGUGUAAUAUGUUCAACCAAUUAAUAGCCUGGAUCAUCUUCAUCAAUACGGCCAUGUUGAGAAUGGAAAACAUUGCAGGGGCCAACUUGGAAGCCGAGAAGACUUCUCACGUCCGACUGACUAAUUGGCUUUGGGAAGAGGUUUUCCAUCCGCCCGGCGGCGGUUAUCCACCAGAAGCCAUCAACAGAAAACUGCCUCAGGACUUCCAUUUCCAUUUUCCAGGCUUGGCACAAACACCUCAACAAUAA